AUGCCGAGGACGCGCCCUCAAACCACGGGCUAUGCUCGAAUAGCCCAAGCCGAAGAAUCCGAUUCUGAUGAUGAUCUGGCAAAUUCCUUACAACCCGCAGGAGUACCACGUUAUGCCUCAAUCACCCAACCUCUGCCGCGCAGUAAUAUGCGAUCAGAUGGAUAUACUUCGCCUGAACAGUCAAGGAGGAAAACUCGGCGGCGGAUGGGAAGUACUAGCAGUAUGUCAGGGGUUGAUAUCAAGGCUAUAAAUGCGAGGCUGGAACGCUGGGCGGACGAGAUCACAAGCAAGUUCAAGAUAAACAAGGUGAAAGGGAAGACGGAUGAGGAGGAGCGAUUGGAGAUUCAUCAUUCUGUUUUUCAGGCCCCGGAUGGUGUCAGACCUGCGACGGCAGAGACGUUGGCCUCGGAUUCUGACCAAGGAAGGAUGACAAAGGCGGAGUUCGAGGAGAUUGUUGAAAGCGUGAAAAUUGCUAUCGAACAAGGGAUGCAUCCGAAGAUGAUUACACAGGGAAGUUCUGGGAGUUACUUUGCCAGGAAUACGGAGGGAAAGGUUGUUGGUGUUUUCAAACCCAAGGACGAGGAACCAUACGCUGCCGGAAAUCCAAAAUGGAACAAAUGGAUACACAGGAAUUUGUUUCCGUGUUUCUUUGGCCGGGCUUGUUUAAUCCCCAAUUUAAGUUAUGUUUCGGAGGCAGCCGCAUAUACACUGGAUUGCAGACUGCGGACGAACCUGGUUCCGUAUACAGACAUUGUACAUUUGUCGUCAAAGUCAUUUCACUACGAUUUCUGGGCACGAAGAAAUUUUUACCGGAAAAAGAAGGCAUUUCCACCAAAAGUUGGUAGUUUUCAGGUUUUCUUAAAAGGGUUCAAGGACGCAAACAUAUUUCUGAGAGAGAAUCCAUGGCCGGAUCGAGCGAGCACACAUUUUAGAAAAACAGACCCAGCCAGGAAGAGCAAAGGCUGGAAGGAUACUUGCAGACCCACUAGUGCGCGAUCGGACGAUGAGGACGACGAGGAAAGGGUUCCUAUGGCUCCUAUAGAUGGGCCAAACAAACGUUUUAUAUGGACAGAAACGCUCCAACAGUCAUUCAGGGAGGAGCUUGAGAAGCUGGUUAUUCUGGAUUAUAUUAUGAGAAAUACCGAUAGAGGCCUAGAUAACUGGAUGAUCAAGGUGGAUCAAGAGACUCAGGGGGUAUCUAUUGUUUCUGAGCCGCCAAGGAUGAACGGGACUUCUGAUGAAGAAGAGAGAUCGCCACGUCUCGUACCUGCUCAGGACGGGCCAUAUCGAGUGCAACAGCCCAUGGCAGCGGUCAGCGGGACCAAUUCGCCAAAUCCACAAGCCGGACCCACCAUGUCCAUUGGAGCUAUCGACAACAGUUUAUCAUGGCCAUGGAAGCAUCCAGAUGCAUGGCGGAGUUUUCCUUUUGGGUGGCUUUUCCUACCAGUGACACUUAUCGGACAGCCAUUCUCGCAAAAGACUAGAGAUCACUUUUUACCACUAUUAACCUCAAAGCAGUGGUGGAGUGAAACACAGUCAGAGCUCCGAAAGAUCUUUUCCCAGGACGCGGAUUUUCAAGAGCGCAUGUUUGCAAGACAGAUAGCCGUUAUGAAAGGUCAAGCGUGGAAUGUUGUAGAGACUUUGAAAAUGGUUGACCAUGGGCCACUUGAAUUGACAAGAAGGGCUCGUGUUUGUGUGUGGGAUGACCUGGUUGAUAUUCCAGUGGCGAUACCUAUGCGAGUUCCGUCUGCGGAAAUGCGACGAAAUAAUAGUUUCGGUUUUCAAAAGGAGACGGAAGAAGAAGAGAUGGAUAUUAGCAUUGCCAAUGCAUCCGCGCCACAAGCAUCACAUCAAGACCUCCUUGGCUUAUCCUCGCCUACCUCCGAAUUGCCAAAUCCAAAUCGGUUCGAACUGACUACUAGUCCUCGGGCCAGCGAAGAAGCUUCGAGAGCUAACUCACCAGAGGCUUUCAUCUCAACUGCGAAUGGUAAUCGGAAAGAAUCAGGCACGAAGAGCAAACAAGUCAAUUUCACCGACCGACCUCAAUACGGUCAUUCAAGAGGACGCAUGAGUUAUGAAGGGCCUUCACGGCCGCCUCAGCGACAUGCAAGAAGAUAUUCCGGCUCCAAUAGAAACCGUAGUAUCAGUAUGUUAUUCGAUGGCGAAGACGGAGACGGCGAUCUUGGGUAUGCGGCGGCAGAGGGAAUGGAUGGACACCAUCGUAAGGUUAUCGUGGAAAGACUUGAGACGGUUAAGAGCAAAAAUCCUGUAUUCACUUGGUGUUAA